GUGAUUCGGAGAGCAGCACAACAGCAGACCUCAGCGUCGUCCUUUCUUUUAAUCAGUUGGUCUUUUUCCGGCCGAACAUCAAUUGGCCACGAUGCGUGUGCAAUCUCUUGCUCGGGCGCAGUCGCUUGCCCAAAGUUGCCUCCGCACCUCCGCGCGAUCGGCCGCUCGAACGCCCUCGCGAUGCGCGCUCUCGACCGUGGCAGCAUCACGGACUCAAUUCACCUACGGGACCAAGACAGAAGCAUGGAAACACAGCCAGAGAACCUUGGGACAGAGGAGAUGGCAGUCCGCGGCGGCAGUGUUGGAGAAGGCAGCCUCAGACCCUAGCACCUUGACACAAGAGACAAUCGUCGAUAAUCUAGAUCCCGUCGAAGCUGUGAGGCUAUCCAAAGUCCGCAACAUCGGUAUUGCUGCACACAUUGACUCUGGCAAAACCACCGCGACCGAACGUGUUCUCUUCUACACCGGCCGUAUCAAUAGUAUACACGAAGUGCGUGGCAAAGAUGCCGUCGGCGCAAAAAUGGACUCCAUGGACCUCGAGCGUGAAAAGGGAAUCACCAUCCAGUCUGCGGCUACCUUCUGUGAUUGGGUAAAGAAAGAAGAUGGAAAGGAGGAGAAAUACCACAUCAACUUGAUCGAUACCCCUGGACAUAUCGACUUUACGAUUGAGGUCGAGCGUGCGCUGCGAGUGCUGGACGGUGCGGUCAUGAUUCUUUGCGCUGUAAGCGGUGUUCAGAGUCAGACCAUCACUGUCGAUCGGCAGAUGAGGAGAUACAACAUCCCUAGGAUAUCCUUCGUGAACAAGAUGGAUCGUAUGGGCGCGAACCCCUGGAAGGCUGUUGAGCAGAUCAACCAGAAGCUGCGGAUACCUGCUGCGGCGAUUCAAGCACCAAUCGGCCGCGAGGACGGAUUCCUGGGUGUGGUAGACUUGAUCAGGAUGAAGGCUAUCUACAACGAGGGACCCAAGGGAGAGAUCAUCAGGGAGACGGAUGAGAUUCCUGCGGACAUGGUCGAGCUCUGCAAAGAGAAGAGGCAGAAGUUGAUUGAGACGCUGGCAGAUGUCGAUGAUGAGAUCGCCGAACUCUUCCUUGACGAGCAAGAGCCAACUAACGAGCAGAUCAAGGCCGCUAUCCGGAGAGCGACUAUCUCUCUCAAGUUCACGCCUGUGGUCAUGGGCUCUGCCUUGGCUGACAAGUCCGUCCAGCCCAUGCUCGACGCUGUCUGCGACUACCUGCCAAACCCGGCUGAAGUCGAGAACAUGGCUUUGGAUAAGAAGCGUGCAGAAGCUCCCGUCAAGCUGGUGUCAUACAACUCUCUACCCUUUGUCGGACUGGCCUUCAAGCUGGAAGAGGGCAAUUUCGGACAGCUCACAUAUAUUCGAGUGUACCAAGGUACGCUUCGAAAGGGCAUGAACGUGUUCAACGCGCGGUCCGACAAGAAGGUCAAAGUUCCGAAGAUCGUGCGCAUGCACUCCAACGACAUGGAGGAAGUGCAAGAAAUUGGUGCUGGUGAGAUCUGCGCUGUGUUCGGUGUUGACUGCGCCUCCGGAGACACCUUCACUGACGGUUCCCUCGGCUACACCAUGACUUCUAUGUUCGUCCCAGAACCUGUCAUCUCAUUAUCGAUCAAGCCCAAGCACACCAAGGAUACCCCCAACUUCAGUAAAGCGAUGAACCGUUUCACCCGUGAAGACCCCACUUUCCGGGUACACGUUGAUCCCGAAUCGCAGGAGACGGUCAUCUCGGGUAUGGGUGAGCUCCACUUGGACAUCUACGUCGAGCGUAUGCGCAGAGAAUAUCGGGUUGAGUGCGAGACUGGUCAGCCACAGGUCGCUUACCGCGAAACUAUGACCAAGCGUGUCAAUUUCGACCACACCCUCAAGAAGCAGACCGGUGGAUCUGGAGAUUUCGCUCGUGUCGUUGGGUGGAUGGAACCCGCAGAAUCUCUUGGCGUGAAUAAGUUCGAACAGCAGAUUACCGGUGGCACCAUUUCCGAGAAGUUCCUGUACGCUUGCGAGAAGGGUUUCAACGCGUCAACGCAGAAGGGACCCCUGCUCGGCCACAGAGUGCUAGGUACCCAGAUGAUUAUCAACGACGGAGCCACGCACGCCGUCGACUCCUCAGAGUUGGCCUUCAAGAUGGCUACCCAGCAAGCCUUCCGCAAGGCCUUCAUCCAGGGCGCACCCCAGGUCCUCGAACCCCUCAUGAAGACGACCAUAACCGCGCCAAACGAGUUCCAGGGCAGCGUCGUUGGCCUCCUCAACAAGCGCAACGCCAUCAUCAACGACACCGAGAUCGGCCCCGAGGACUUCACCGUCUACGCCGACUGCAGCUUGAACAGCAUGUUUGGCUUCUCCUCGCAGCUGCGAGCCAGUACGCAGGGCAAGGGCGAGUUCUCGAUGGAGUUUAGCCACUACAGCCCGGCGCCGCCGCAGCUGCAGAAGGAGUUGGUUUCAAAGUACGAGAAGGAGCAGAAGGACAGGAACGCGUAAGCCUGAAUGUGCGCUUGAUACGAUAGGGUGGCGAGAUGGUGACAUGUAAAAAGAAAAGAAAAAGGUGGGCUUCUCGUGGUGAUAACGUAUGUUUUGGGAUCAGAUAAGGGUGCAUAUAGAUGGGCGCUUGGGAUGUAACAUAUUGACUGUAUCUUGUAUGUAUAGCUUUGUAAGGUAUACCGAAUGGACGAUCCAGUCUUCUCUCUGCAAUCUCAAAUUACUUUGGGUCAGCCUGGACGCCCGUGUAUCAAUGUGG